AUGGCUCUGGGAUGGCUUGUCCUGGUUUUCUGCUGCUUUGGCCAGUUGAGUGCCAAGUUCUUAAAUGCAUCUCAUUCCAUAGAAUUGGAGUUGGAGGAGAGACUACUUCGAGUGCUUCUAAGACUUAAUUUGGAAGAAGAGUACAAUACUCUGCUCGUCUAUGGAGAAGAAUGUGUGUUCCAUUCGGUUUUAAGAAACCUAGGAAAACCCGCAGUUGUGGUAGCCUCAGGCAGUACCAGUUAUGACUGGAGUUUCAGUACCUCAAUCUUAAUACUGACCUGUGGACCUGAGGCAGAGAAGGAGGAGAAUCCAGACACCCUACUUAAGUUGCAGAGAGCCAGACGGUUGAUCUAUAUAGAAGAAACUAGCGAACCAGAGUCCAUUUGUAAGAAAUACUCCCAGAAAGAGCAGCACAACAUUGCCAUGGUCAAGUCUAGCUUUUACCAGUCGGAUAUCAUUUACUCCUGUCGCUUCUUUCAGACACCCAACCACGAAGAGAAACACUUCUUUGAAGGCCAACCCAUUUAUAUAGAGAACUUUCAGAAUAUGCAAGGAGCUGUGAUUAGGACAGUGCCAGACAGUUUGGUCCCUCGGACAAUGGUAUAUCAGGAUAAGAAAACUGGCGAGACCAAGAUGGUGGGUUACCUGGCCAACCUGAUGAACACCUAUGCUCAGAAGCUGAAUGCCAAACUGAAGUUUGUAAACAUAAAAGAGCUGGGAGUGGAGAAGGCCAAUAUGAUGGAUAUAAUGAACUGGGCAAAGGAUGAUAUUAUAGAUAUUGGUACGGCAUUGGCCAGUUCAUUGCAGUCCCAAGGAAUGGAUACAGUGUGGUAUCCUUACUUGCUGACUAGCUACUGUUUGAUGGUUCCAGUUCCUGCCAAACUGCCCUACAACUUAGUGUAUUCCAUGAUAGUAGAUCUUCAGGUACUCAGCAUCAUCUUUGUCCUGCUGUGUGUGUUUUCGAUUCUGAUAAUCUACACACAAAACUUAUCCUGGAAGAAUCUUACACCUGCAAACGUUCUGUUAAACGACAAAAGCCUUCGAGGACUUUUAGGUCAAUCCUUUCCAUUUCCUCCCAAUCCAAGCAAGCACCUUAAGCUGAUCAUCUUUGUCCUGUGCUUCGCCAGCGUUAUGAUCACCACCAUGUACGAGGCGUACCUCCAAUCCUAUUUCACUCAGCCACCAUCCAAGCCAUCGAUUCGCUCCUUCCGGGAUAUUGGAAACUUUUCCCAAAAAAUGGCCAUCAGCCGGAUUGAAGUAAAUGUCCUUACUUCCCUGAACAAUUCUCACUUUCGGGAGAUCAGAGAGGAUAACAUCUUGAUCUAUGAAGACUGGUCAAAAUACCUUGUAUUGCGCGACUCUUUCAACACAAGCUUUAUUUUUCCCGUAUCUAUAGAUCGUUGGAGCGGCUACGAGGAGCAGCAGAAGCUUUUCGCUGAACCCGCCUUUUAUCUGGCCUCCGAUCUGUGCUUCAAUCAGCUUAUGUUCUUCAGUCCUCCAAUGCGACGUUACUUGCCACAUCGACAUCUCUUUGAGGAUCACAUGAUGCGGCAGCACGAGUUUGGAUUGGUGACAUUCUGGAAGAGCCACAGCUUCCUUGAAAUGGUUAAACUGGGCCUGGCAUCCAUGAAAGAUCUUAGUCAGAAGCAAAAGCUUCAGGGAAGCCUUUUGCUAGAUGAUAUCUCUUGGAUACUUAAGCUUUAUUAUGGAGCCAUAGCUUUAAGUGUUGGUUGCUUUAUUCUGGAGGUGUUCAGAUUCGGUGAAAGGUUAAAAGGGCUAUGGAGGUUAUGGAGAAGGUAA